GGAAUUGCGUCGAUUACAUAUGAAAGUUUUUUUUUCUUGGUCUUUGCUGGUUGCACUCACACCGCAGCUCACUGGCAGCCCCUUAUUUCACAGAGUGCGCGCACCAGGAUGGGUGCUGUUCCGGCGCAGAGGAUACUAUGGAUUGGCGUUUUGAUCUUUAGUGGAAUAAAACAAGGUUGCGGUUCAAAUGUGUGUACCACCAGAGGGGCCAGCACCUGCAAGCAAUGUCUGGCUGUGCACCCCAGCUGUGCGUGGUGCCUCCAGGAGAACUUUGGCCAGGGAGGUGCCAGCUUGUCCCGCUGCGACCUGGAGAGUAACCUGGUGGCAGCGGGCUGUGCUCCGUCAGCUCUAGAGUCUCCAAGCAGCAAAAUGCAGGUGAUUGAAGACCGGCCCCUCAGCAACAAGGCAGCAGGGGCCACACAAGAUGUCACCCAGAUCAAGCCCCAAAAUCUCCACAUCAUCUUGAGACCAGACGAUGCUCAGCGUUUCACAGUGGAGGUGCGUCAGGUAGACGACUACCCCGUGGAUCUCUACUACCUAAUGGACCUCUCCUACUCCAUGGAUGACGACCUCUUCGUUCUGAGGACGUUGGGCAAAGGUCUUGCGGAGGCCAUGAGUAGCACCACCAGCAACCUCCGCAUGGGAUUUGGGGCUUUUGUGGACAAGCCGCUCUCACCGUAUAUGUUCAUCUCCCCCAAAGAGGCUUUGAAGAACCCUUGCUACAGCAUUAACAAGACCUGUCUGCCCCAGUUUGGCUACAAACACGUUCUAUCUCUGACGGAGGAAGUGGGACGCUUCACGGAGGAAGUGAAGAAGCAGAUAGUGUCCAGGAACCGAGAUUCCCCAGAGGGAGGCUUUGAUGCCAUCAUCCAGGCUGCUGUGUGCAAGGAUCGGAUCGGUUGGCGCCCAGGUGCCUCUCACCUUCUGAUCUUUACGUCUGAUGCUAAGACGCACCUGGCUCUUGACGGUCGCCUGGCAGGAAUCGUGCAGCCCAACGAUGGGCAGUGCCACCUCAACUCUGACAACAUUUACAGCAUGUCUACCACCAUGGAUUACCCAUCUCUUGCUCUGAUCACAGAGAAGAUGUCAGAGAACAACAUCAACCUCAUCUUUGCUGUAAACGAAUCUGUGGUUCCUCUGUACCAGAAGUACAGUGAACUGAUUCCUGGCACAGCAGUAGGAACACUGUCUAUUGACUCAAGCAACAUUAUCGAGCUCAUAUCGAAGGCCUAUGCUAAAAUCCGUUCCAAGGUGGAGCUGGAGCUUCAAGGUGUCCCAGAGGAGCUGUCCCUGUCUUUUAAUGCCACCUGUCUGAACGGAGAGCUCAUCCCUGGCCUUAAAUCCUGCUCUGGGCUCAAAAUAGGAGACACGGUCUCUUUCAGUGUGGAGGCCCGAGCUCGGGGUUGCCCCAAACAAAAGAGGAAAACCUUCAUCAUUAAGCCUGUGGGCUUCAAGGACUCCCUCUCCAUCACUGUCACCUUUGAGUGUGACUGCAAGUGCCAGACCAAAGCCCAGACCGAUAGCCCAAAGUGUAACCAUGGCAACGGUACCUUCGAGUGUGGCAUCUGCCUGUGCCAUCCGGGUCGCUUAGGACCUCACUGUGAGUGUGCAGAGGGUGACUAUAGACCCACAGAGCAGGACCGCUGCAGUGGACCCACAGGCUCUGGGGGGCCCCAGUCUGCCAUCUGCAGCGACCGCGGAGACUGUCUGUGUGGCCAGUGUGUGUGCCAUAGCAGAGACCUUGGAAAAGUGUGGGGCAAGCUGUGCGAGUGUGAUGACUUCAACUGCUUGCGCUACAAAGGGGAGCUGUGCUCAGGCCAUGGUGUCUGUAACUGUGGUUCCUGCCAGUGUGCACCGGACUGGGAGGGUGAGAACUGUAACUGCUCCAGACGUACUGACACCUGUAUGUCACACCUGGGCUUGCUGUGCAGUGGGAGGGGUCAGUGUGUGUGUGGGGCCUGUGAGUGCACCCAGCCUGGUGCCUACGGGACCACGUGUGACAAGUGCCCCACCUGCCCUGGUGCCUGUACCAUGAAGAAGGAAUGUGUGGAGUGUAAGCACUUCAAGAGGGGCAAGCUGUUUGAGGACAACACCUGCUUUCGAAUCUGCAAGGACGAGAUUGAACUUGUAGAUGAAUUAGUACUCAACGACACAAAUGCUGUGAACUGCACUUACAAAGAUGAAGAUGAUUGCGUGGAGCAUUUCCAAUACGAUAAGGAUGCCAGUGGCAAGUUGAUCUUGUUUCUCAUCAAAGAGCCAGACUGCCCCAAGGGUCCAGACAUUUUGGUGGUGCUUCUGUCAGUGGCAGGAGCCAUCUUGUUCCUUGGCCUGGUGGCUCUGCUUAUCUGGAAGCUGCUGGUCACCAUCCACGACAGACGGGAGUUCGCCAAAUUUGAAGAAGAACGUGCUCGUGCAAAGUGGGACACGGGGCACAAUCCUCUCUACAAAGGAGCCACCUCUACCUUCACAAAUAUCACGUACAGAGGAAAAGACUGAUGCUACUGAACCAGAAUGAGGAUGGUCUUUUGUGUUCUUUUUGGGGUGAAGGCACAAAGUCAUGUGCAGACCUCUUCUGUUACAAGACAAUAAUUAUAGAUUAUUUGUGUUUGUAAAUAUGUAGAAAUGAUUCUGAGGACACAUUGUAUCAGGGAUUUGAAAUAUGUGUUGCUAAUGGCUUGUUAUUACUAAAAUAUGUUGUGGAUAUUACAUUUCAUUCAUUCUUUCUUUAUGCCAUAUGUAUAAUAAGAAAUUUGAUUACAAAUUAACAAUAGUUUGGAAUAUUAUAAUUUUUGAUGUAGUUAUUUUGAUGAGUUCAUGUGAAA